AUGGUCUCCAUGCGUCUGGCCUUACCCUGUGGAGGGGGCACAUGGACACAAGUGGCAGGGUUUGCAGGCGGGGACACAGCAGGGGAUCAUCUCAUCAUUGCUACAACCAAUGCCAAGGACUUUGGAAAGAAGAUGACUCCUGAGUGUUACCCGGGUGGGUACCGGACCUUGCGGAACCCGUACAGGAGUGUGGACUUUGACUCUACUGAACUCCAGCAUACAGCCAUUCAGGAUCUGAUCUGCGAUCACUCGCUGGCACCAGGGUGGUACCGAUUCACCAUUAACAACAAGCCAGCUGAGAUGCCCACUAGCUGUGUGGAGAUGAAUCGCUGUGGGACUCAGGCUCCGGUUUGGCUGUCUCUGAAGGACUCCUCUCUCCCUCAGCCCGGGGAGGUCCGUCAGCUCUCAGCCUGUGCCACUUGGCAGUUCUUCCACGGAAGCACUAAGGACUGCUGUCUCUUCCGUAUCCCCAUAUCCGUACGCAACUGCGGCGAAUUCCUCAUCUACUUCCUCCAGCCCACCCAGGGCUGCAUGGGCUACUGUGCUAAAGUAAUUUCAGAGCACACACCAAAACAAUGCCUGCCGGGAGAAGUUGAAGUUGACGGUGUAUGCAAAGCAAAUCUGCUCUCCCUGCCCUCCAAGCCUGUGGUGACCCCGGAGCUGAUUGGUAGCAGUGUCCAUCUUAGGUGCUCCUAUCCUGGGGUGACAUCCAGCCAUCCAGUGGGAUAUGUGGUGGUCUGGGCCCGCUACUCAUCCUCAACAAUGAAGGUGGAGAUCAGGCGUGACACGACCACACAGCUGUUUUCCCUUGUGGAGAUGGACGGGGUUCACUUUAGACUGGGAGAGACGUUCUCCUGCAGCGUGUCCACGUUCCUGCUGAACUCCUCGUCAACGCAGUCUGCAUCCAAAGAGAGCGCUGGAUUUUUCACUGGUGUUAAGUUUGUUCCAGAUGUUCUACACAUCAGGGAAGAUGGGAAAACGCACUCCUUGACUGUUCUUAGCACAGUACCUCUUUCCUGUCAUGGGCUGGAGCAAAGCCGUCAGUGCAAAGUCACCGUGGCACUCAGCAUCCAGGACUCAGACAGCCUGAUCCAGGAGACUCCUAACGUGGCCCUAUCCUCCUGCCACAUGGAGCUGCUGUCUACGCCUUGUCAGGAGGGUGUCUGCGCUCGGGGCUCGGUUCUGCUCACAGCCGUCACGGACUUCACCCGUGACGGCACCCGGGCCAGCUUCCUCAACUUUGAACCCACCAGAACCAGCCCUCGUCUCUGGAGAAAUUACACCCCUGCACCCCUGAAGGUCACGGUUCAGGAUGUUCCGAGUGCCAGCUGCUAUGUUCUGACUGAUCCACACAUCAUCACAUUCGAUGGCCGGCGUUAUGACAACCAUCAGACAGGGACGUUUGUGCUCUACGAGAGUGUAAGUCGAGAGUUUACUGUACACACGCGGCAGUGGGACUGUGGUAGCCGGCACUACGCAGUUGCCUGUACGUGUGGUGUGGCUGCUCGCGAGGGGAAUGAGGUGGUCACCUUUGACAUGUGCAACGGCCAGGUGCAAGAGACCCGCCCAAACUUAUCAGUCCAAACUUUGGGACCAGCACCAUCCAAUAGGGUCAAGAUCCAUGAAACACAUCAUGGGAAGAAAGUCACGAUUCUGUUUCCCUCAGGAGCGUUUGUGAGAGUUGAUGUCAGUGAUUGGGGCAUGAGCCUGUCUGUGAGGGCACCCAGCCGGGACUUCAACAGCACACGUGGCCUGUGUGGGGCCUUUGACCGAAAUACUCACAAUGACCUCCAUGGUCGGGAUGGCACCACUCUCCACAGAAACGACCAUGAACGCUUUAUUGAGGAGUGGAGAAUUGCACCGGGAGGAAGCUUGUUUGACAGCAUGCCGCCUGCCGUGGAUGAGGAGAUAAAAAGGGAUUUCUGUCGAUGUCAGCGAGGCUACAGUCUGUCUGUCCAUGUUUUGGGUGCCACAGAUGCUAUGUUUAACAACCCUCCCUUUUCUCGCUGUCUGUCUCGAGAUGACGUGGAUUAUACUUCCUUUUUCCCUUUCAAAGACACCACUGCUGAGUUCACACACCUCCAAGGGUUUAGACAUAACCUCCAAAAACGAGAAACUUCAGCGCAUCUGUCAAAGUCUGCCAAGAGUCCCAACACAGACAGAAAGCUAUCAUUGCUCUCUCAAAACUCAACCUUGGGAGUUGAAAAACUAAGGUUCCUCACUUUAGAUGAGACAGAUUCAUUAUAUAACCAGACAGAGUCCAGCUCUAAAACUGGAGGGGCUAUACAAGAGUUCGAAAGCAGACGUAAGAGGCAGAGUCUACCUGACUUCCAGCCAGUAAUAACCUUCCAGAGUUUGACCCAAACUGACCUUGAGAGCUUUGCCUACUUCUUCCCUGAAGAUCACCUUUCUGCGAGCCGCCCACCGGUGCUUCCUGUGUGGCCCACCCCUAGUGGCCUCACUUCCUCCAAAGCUCUCGAAGUGUGCCAGCUGGCUCUUGCCAACUCCACAGUGGGCACAUUUUGCCGGGGACUGCUGGGUCGCCGCCUGGACGAGGCCGUGGAUCUCUGCGUUUUGGACCUACAGCUAAAGGACGACCUGUCCUGGGAGAACGCACUUUUGCCCUUUCUGGAGAACGAGUGUGAGAGGAAACUCCUGGAGAACCGUACCAGGCGUUCCCUGGAAGGCGGCUCCACCGGAAGACCAGGGGAUGUGGUGAUGGCUCUACGCUGCCCAAACUUCUGUAAUGGCAAUGGACAGUGCAUGGAGUGGGGCUGUCAGUGCUACCCAGGGUACAGCUUCUACGACUGCAGUUUGACCAUCAGUCAGCCCAUUGAGUUGACAGAUCUGGAGAACAGUGGACUGUGUGAUAUUCGUGCAUUCAGCUGCGACAGCGUUCGUGUCUUUGGGCUCGGCUUCAUCGACUCUCCCGACCUCGCCUGCCACACCACCAGACUCACGUUUGCGAACAGUAAGUGGGUUCCAGGGGAGCAGAGAAGAACCAAAGCCAGUUUCUUGAGCUCCAAAGCGGUGGACUGCACUGUCCCACAGUACACCAACAUGGCUACGGACACCAUUGACUACGUGGCAGAUGACCAACCAUACGCCCGCUGGGAAAUCAAGGUGACUAAUGAUGGCAGUGUGUACAGUGAGCCAAAGGUUUUGACUCUCUAUGAUGGUAUCUGUCAGCAAUGCUUGCCUCCUCCUUCUGGACUCUGUAAAUUAAAGGAAAGGACAUGCAAUAUUGAAGGAAUGUGUUUUGCAGAAGGAGACACCAGCCCUACCAGUCCUUGCCUUCUCUGUAAUUCAACUGUGUCCAGAUUCACGUGGUCUGUCAGUCAAGUUAAUCAACCCCCCUCCCUCCUUGAGCCUCAGCUGGCUCUCCAGACAUUUGUAGGGGAAGUUUUUGUGUACCAGUUCAGCGCUGUGGAUCCUGAAGGCUCGGCCCUUCUCUUCACGUUGGACACGGGCCCCACGGAUGCCUCUCUCUCCCCCGCUGGACUGCUCAUCUGGAGAGUCCAUUCAGAGCAGGCCCAAAGCUUUCAGUUCACUGUGUCGGACGAGUGUAACGCGCAAAGCCGACACACCGUGGAGGUGGGUGUGAGACCAUGUGGAUGCCUGAAUGGUGGGACGUGUGUCACCAACAUCAACUUCCCUGCCGGCAGUGGCGAAUACCUGUGUGUGUGCCAGGCGGGUUACCACGGCGAUCUGUGUGAGGACAACAUCGAUGAGUGUCAGUCAAACCCAUGUGGUGGGGGAGUGUGUGUUGAUGCUGUCAAUGGAUUCCACUGCCAGUGCCCAGCUGGCCUCAGAGGGCCUACUUGUGAGGAGGAUGUGGAUGAGUGUGAUGGAAGUCCAUGUUUCACUGGCGUCCAGUGUGUCAACAGUUUUGGCUCAUAUAGCUGUGGUCCCUGCCCGCCGGAUACACAGGGGAACGGGUCCACCUGCACCAUGUUGACCACAACAACUCCAAGCAGCACCAGUACUACCAGCGGUCCUCCAGCAGCUAGCUCCUUUACCAACGUGGCAGCUCCUCCUGCCAGGACAACAUUUGCUGAAGGCGGACACUCAGAGACCCAGAGAGCCUCUUCCAAGCCCUCAGUACCAGAACCAGUAUCCAGCACUGGCCACAGAGCAGAGCGCCUGACUAAUCGGACAAUUUUGCUAAUUCCUCAUUCAUCUGUCGAGAGCAGCGAGAGAGCAGAGCAGCAGCGGCAGGAACAGAGGGCACAGGUUGCUGAGCCAGCGGGAUUGUGGGUAGAGGUUGGAGUAAAGGUGAAGGGACAGGACACAGGAGGGGAGCAGCUUUGCCUCUCGUUGUCUGCGGGAGGUCUGACUUUCCUCUCGUACCAGUCAUCAUCAUCCUCAUGCUCUCAGCCCAGAUUGAGCAAUGCACUGAACGCCACGACAAGGUGUGCUAACAGGCCAUGUUUCCCAGGAGUCCAAUGCAUCGACCUGAGACCCCCGUAUGUGGGCUUUGUCUGUGGACGCUGCCCUCCAGGCUACCGCGGCAACGGACGUAUAUGCACAAAACAUUCACGCACAGCUCUUCAUCCAUUGUUGGUUCAGCAGACUCAGGCCAAGAGCUUCCGACUGCAGGCGGACAAUACCAAACCGUCACACCUCCACCUUCCGGCCCUACCCUUCAGACACACACACAGACAUCUGUCUCCGCCCAGUCUGAGGGUUCCCCAUAGCACCGCCCGUGCGCCUGUUACCCCUCCCAAGACUCCCUCUACGCGGCAGGGUGCAUCACUGCAGCUAAGACAGACUCCAACAUCACCCGUCAGCAAGAACAAUCUAGCAGCCCAUAUACACUUAAACACAAUGCCCAGAAGCUCACACACAUACCGUGACACACCUCCCCAAGCCUCACACACGCACCCCAAUACACUUCCCAAACCUAAUGACAACCUAAGACAAGGUUACACCUCUUUUAAGAUUCUGACUGGAGGUUUCUCAGAGGUCGCACCUGGAGUGACCUCUAGGGUCACUUAUCCUCAACCCUCAAAACACACAGAGCCGUCGCCACAGCAACGCAGCAUCAUGCUGUCCACCCAGACAAGGCCGUGGACCCCCCCGGAGAAGAAGCGCCCCCUCACGGCAGCUCUCACAGCUCUCUCCUUCUCUCUGUCCGAGUUGGACUUCUCAGCAGACGGAGACCUAGGGUCAGAACUCACCACACCAGACAGAGUCACCAUGCCGGACAGACUCACCACAUCUGACAGACGGACCUACACGCCACCCUUCCUCAUCAUCCCUUCUUCCCACGUGCGGCCGCCCAGUGGUACGGGACAUGUGGAGGUUGUGGAGGAGAGAGGUCUGACAUGUGCGGAUAUGCCCUGUUUCCCUGGAGUGCAGUGCCAUGAGUCCCGUGAGGAGGGAGGGUACCGCUGUGGGAGGUGCCCCGUUGGGUACAUUGGGGAUGGGAGAGCAUGCCGAGCUGUGUGCAGACGUGCGUGUGGCAGAAACAUGGAAUGCGCUGCCCCCAACACAUGCCGCUGCAAAAAGGGAUAUAUGGGCCCCAACUGUCAAACGGCUAUCUGCAGCCCAGCUUGUCUGAACGGAGGAGAGUGUAUUGCCCCCGAUGUGUGUGAGUGUAAGACAGGCUAUCACGGAGAGAUCUGUGAGAGCGCUCUGUGCAGUGUGCCCUGCCAGCAUGGAGGAACUUGUGUGGGACGAGACACCUGCUCCUGUCCUUAUGGUUAUGUGGGGCCCACCUGUGACACCAUGGUUUGUAACCGUCACUGUCACAAUGGAGGAAAGUGUGUGUCUCCUGAUGAGUGUUCCUGUCUGCCAGGGUGGACUGGACCCUCCUGUGAGACGGCCAUGUGUGACCCUGUUUGUCUGAAUGGAGGCACAUGUAUUCGGCGAGGCCUCUGUGUUUGUCCGCCAGGCUUCUAUGGAGCACAAUGUCAGAAUGCUGUCUGCAGCCCAGCAUGUAAGAAUGGUGGUCGUUGCAUACGUAACAAUGUGUGUUCAUGUCCUGAGGGUUACUCAGGCCCACGCUGUGAGAAGAGUGUGUGUGAACCCAUGUGUAUGAACGGUGGGAGGUGUGUGGGACCGGACGUGUGCGACUGCGUCUCCGGCUGGAGAGGCAAGCGUUGUGACAAACCCACUUGUCUACAGAAAUGCUUGAAUGGAGGAGAGUGUGUUGGUCCAAAUGCCUGUCACUGUAGCUCUGGGUGGCAGGGAUCGCUUUGCCAAGUCCCGAUCUGUGAACAGAGGUGUCUGUAUGGUAGCCGAUGUGUGCGACCCAAUGUGUGUGCCUGCCGAGCUGGAUACGGGGGAGCUGUCUGUGCCAGAAAGGUAACGGCGUCCACUGUUUCACCAAGAUACCAAACAGCUUAUGUCCCAGCUUAA